UGCGUCAUCUAACGGCACGGCCGCCAUAUUAGUGUGGACUGCUUCGUUUCCGAUGAUUCCGAUUGUUUCCGCGUCCGUGUGUGACUUUCAGAGAGAAAGCUUUCGAUUGGCAUCUCAUCAACUGGGCACAAAGUAUCUCGUCGAGUUCCGGGCUCGUAUUGCACGUUGCCAAGAUGAUGUACACAGGAACAACUGCUUCGCAGGAUACAAGAUUCAGCGACAAGGAGAAGAAACUUCUUAAACAAAUGAAAUUUGGAGAUUCAUUGACACAGAAAGUGGAUAUGAGUAAAGUAAAACUUGAUGUUAUCAAACCAUGGAUCACAACAAAGAUUACGCAGAUUUUAGGAAUGGAAGACGAUGUUGUGGUAGAAUUUGUAUAUAAUCAACUUGAGGAGAAGUUUCCCGAUCCCCGAAAAAUGCAGAUCAACCUGACAGGUUUCCUGAACGGCAGGAAUGCCCGUUCUUUCAUGGGUGAAUUAUGGGAUCUUCUAGUCUCUGCUCAAGAAAGUGUUACGGGCAUUCCCGAGGCUUUCUUGCAACAAAAGAAAGAUCAGAUUAAAAAGCGCUUGGAAGAACAAGAGAAGCUUCAAGCAUCGUUGGCAGAGAAAGAAAAGGAGAAGGAGCGUGAAAAGGAAAAGGAUGACGCGGAGAGUAAAGUGAAAAAGGACGAGAAGGAUAGCAGCUCAUCAAAGGAGCGUAGCAGAAGGGAUCGUAGCAGGGAUCGUGAUAGAGACAGAAAUAAAAGGAGCAGAUCGCGGGAUCGGCACAGAGAUCGCGAUCGAUCGAGUCGAAAGAGGAGAUCCGUUUCAAGAUCACCAAGUAAAAAUUCGCUGAAAGAUAACGCAAAAGAUAUGCCUGAAGUUAAGAUCGAACGAGAAGACUCGCCGCAACCGGAAAAUGCCAUACCUUUGAUGCCAGUUAAAACUAAGCCGGAAGCUGCAGUAGCAAUAUCAAGAUUGCAAGCUAAAUUGAUGAGCAUCGCCGAUGGAAAGAAGAAGAAUAAUCGCACGCCUUCGCCAGAAUCGCUAGAUAAAUCAGUAAGAAAAUCGCGAUCUAUAUCUAAAUCACCGGUGAAUCGUUCAAAGAAAUCCAAAUCUAAGUCACCUAGCCGGGAUUCGAAAACGCGUCGCUCACGUUCGCCUGCUUCGAAGUCAAGACGGUCCCGCUCCAAGUCAAGAUCUCGGAGAUCCCGAUCUAAAUCCAGAAGAACCAAGUCGCGCUCGCAGGAUCGCGCCAAGUCAAAGCGAAGCAAAUCCAAAUCGCCGAGAUCACGAUCACGAUCGCGAUCCAAGAAAUCACGAUCCAAGAGCGACGAUAGGAGUAAAUCGAGAAAAUCAAGAUCUGAUUCGAGCGAUUCGAAAUCCUCGAAGUCUCGCUCAAAGUCUCCGGAUAAACGAAAAGAUAAUGGGGAUUCUAAUAGAAAACGCGACGGUACUACAAGCAGCAGCUCAGAAUCUGAAGAAGAGAAAGAUGCAAAAGAUAAGAAUGAUUUCGAGAUACGAAAAAAGAAAGAUGGUGUACAAGCUAAAAGAUCUUAUCGAAAAACCAAUAAGGAUGACAGUGGUAGCGAUAGCGAUUCCAGUCGAGAAAGAAAAUCAGCUCCUAAGAGAAGAAGCCCUUCGCCGCGUAAGGACAGAGGUCGGUCCAAGGACAGAGACAGAAAUAGGUCACGGGAUAGAUCGCGAGACAGGUCACGAGAUAGAUCGCGGGAUAGAUCACGAGAUAGAUCACGAGACAGAAAUCGAAGGAGAUCAUUGGAUCGAGAUCGUGACAGAAGACGGGAGCGAGAACGCGAAAGGGAGAGAGAAAGAGAUAGAUUGGAUCGCUACAGCGGCAGCCGUGGCAUGCGACCACCUUCUGUUCGCAGACCACUUAAUAGGCGUAGCCCUCCGCGCAGAAGUCCGACAAGAUAUCGUCGUAGAUCACCGAGUCCCGAAGAUAGGCGUCGCAGAAGAUCGUUGGAUCGUCGAAGGCGAUCGUCGGAGAGACGUGACAGACGUCGAUCACCCGAUCGCCGUGGCAGUCGACGUCAUUCGCCGGACGGACGGGAUCGAUCGAGCAGGUACGAUAGAUCUUCCUCGCGUGACAGAUCAAGUAGGCGGGAGCGCUCCAGAGAACGACGAGAUAAGGAUCGUCGAUCUAGAUCCAAAGAUCGUAGAUCGAGAUCCAAGGAUCAGAGAUCAUCGUUGGAUCGUUCGAGAGACGGGAAGCGGUCUCCCGAUCGUUCAAAGGAAAUCAAGGAUAAGACAAGGGACAGGAAAGUGGAUGAGAAAACUAAAAGACUGCCUGAUACAGGAUCGCGAAAAGAAUUGCGAAACGGCCGGUCUAAAUCAAGUAGCUCGGAAAGUAGCGAGAGUAGUUCCUCUAGCAAUGAGGACGAGUCACUUAGAAAAUCGAUUGAACGCAAAACAUCUCAGGAGAAGCGGGAAAGAGAACGCGAACACGCGGAUGAUUCUAAGAAAAAGGAAAAGGAAAAAACAGUGAAGGAAGAACAAUCUAAGCGGCCAGAAAAGGAGAUCAAGAAGAUAGAACCUGUUGCUGCGAAAAAGUCGGAACCUAGUGUUUCUCCUAAGAAACUUCAAACUGCUUCUCUUCCUAUUACCAGACAUAGAUUUUCAAAGAGCUUAUCGCGUACACCCUCGCCGUUUAAGAAGACCGAAGACAUCAUGGCAGCAGCCAUUAAAAUUAAACAAACUAUUAAGGAAGAUACCAAGGACGAAUCGCCGAAGAUUGGAGAAACAAAUUUCGCCGCUGGAGAUGUUUUCCCUCUAAAAAAAGACGAGAAAUCUUUAAAAACGACGAAAUUAAUAGUAGAAGAUAAAAAGUCUACACAGAAAUCAUUAGAAUCUUCAUCCAAGAAACCUAUGGAAGUGGUUAAAAAAACGAAGAGAGAAAAGCGGGAUGGUUCCACAGACAGUGAAGAUAGUGACGGCGAAAGUAAAAGAAAAUCAAGAAAGUUAGAGAAAUCGAAGAGGUCGAGGAAAGCAUCGACAGAUGAAGACAAAUCUGAUAAAAGUAAAGCAGGAUCGAGUUCAGAUUCUGAAGAUGAUAAAAAGCAUUCAGAUAAAAAUAAAAAAUCUAGAGAUCGAACUGAUUCGACGGAUGAUCGCAGCAAAGACAGAAAGGAUAGUAGAAAACGCGACAUUGCUGAAAGUGAUUCUCGAAAGCGUUCAAAAAAAGAAAUAGAGGAAGAAUUAAAAAAAUCAAAAAGAUCGCGGAGAGAUUCUUCUUCGGGUGAGGAAGAGCAAAAAUCUAAAAGAAGCAGAAAUGAAGAUGAUAGAUCAAGAUCUCGAAAAUCAAAGAAAGAUUCGAGUUCCGAUGAAGAGCCCAAGAAAAUAAAAAAAAGGAGAGAUACUUCAUCAGACGAAGAAAAAUCUAAAUCACGAAAAUCCAGAAAAGAUUCGACGAGUGAAGAUGAAUCUAAAUCAAAAUCAAAGAAAUCCAAACGAGACUCCAGUUCAGAAGAUGAUGAUCUUGGAGAUAAAGACACGAAGAAAAAAAGGAAAAUGGACGACAGCUCAGAUGAUGAAAAAGUGAAAAAGAAGCGUAAGAAAAAGGCAAAAACUAGCACCAGCGAGUCGGAGGAAAGUGAAGUAGAAGAAAAAAAGAAAAAAAAGGAGAAGAAACAUAAGAAACACAAGAAGCACAAGAAGCAUAGGAAGCAUAAGAAGAAGAAGGUAGCAGAAUCAGACGAAUCUGAUGUAAGUGAAGGUAAUACGGAGGAACUGGAAAAGAAACUUCGAGAAAAAGCACUAAAGAGUAUGAAAAAGGGGCAUAGCAUUGAACGAAGUGAUUGAGAACGAGAAUUGAUCACGUACGAUGUGUCAUGAAUAUAUCUCUGUAUCGCAAAACAUUCUAAUUUUACAAAUAUGAUAACUUUUGUUUCAUAUCAACACAAUUGGAUUAUUAUUUUCUG